GAUAGGAAUCGAGGAGCGCGGACUCUCCGGCCGCUCCGCCACAGCUGCUCUCCGGCUGGACAACAACUCGACACAGCCUCGCCGAGCCUCCAUCUCCGCCACAGGGCCGCAGAAACGUGGAUUAAACACGCCGAAUACGACGAUAUAACACCGAAUAUUCACGUAUUCACAUGACGUGCAGCGGCGGCAGGGAAACUCACCGUCUGACCGUAAACAACAGAAACAGAGGGAAAUGUCUUGGUGGCCGCGCGGUGAGGAUGGAGAGGAGGCCCUGCAUCAGGACACUGACUCGGAUGUGGCAGAGCAGAGGGACGGUGGCAAGCUGAAAGUGAAGUGGACACAAGAGGAGGACGAUCGGCUGAAGGCGCUGGUUCAAAAACUUGGUCCAAAUGACUGGAAGUACAUAGCCGGCAACAUACCAAAUCACACUGAACACCAGUGUCAGCACCGCUGGUUUAAGGUUUUGGAUCCAGAAUUGGUUAAAGGUCCUUGGACCAAAGAGGAGGAUGAGAAGGUCAUAGAGCUUGUGAACCUCUACGGCAACAAGCAGUGGGCAAUGGUGGCCAAACAUCUCAAAGGCAGACUGGGGAAGCAGUGUAGAGAACGCUGGCACAACCACCUGAAUCCCAGCGUUAAGAAGUCAUCGUGGACAGCCGAGGAGGACCUCAUCAUCUACAAGGCUCACCGCCUGCUUGGAAACCGCUGGGCCGAGAUUGCAAAGCUGCUCCCUGGAAGGACGGACAAUGCCGUGAAGAAUCACUGGAAUUCAACCAUCAAGCGCAAGUUAGACAUGGGCUUCUACACUGGGGAGAUCUUUAGGCCGAAUGAACUGGAAGAGCUGUUGGCUCGUGUUAAUAAAGAUGUGCAGAUGUCCAGUUGCUCUCAAGACGGUUUAGACAAGGACGCAGAGCAGAAACCCCAUCCGUCGCAGUUGCAGGAAGUGUCGGCCACUGCUAAAGCCGGUCCCACCGAAGCGGGGCCGUCAAAGGCUGUCUCCUCUCCAAAGGACAGUUUAAGUCCCAAGACUGAAUCAGACACCUCAGGAGAAAUCAGCGGUACCAGCUGGGUGGUGGACAGCUCUGGUUUUCUCUCUCCGACUGGCCCAGCGCUGAAGGAAGUGCUGGACAUGGUGGAUGGGGACUUAGAUGGCUGGUGCAACCUUGCAGCCUUUGACCUGCCAGAGGACAGUCCCAGCCCAGAACGCCACCAGUUUCGUCUGGAGGGCAGCGCCCUGCAAGAGCUGAGCAAAGGUAGCAAAGGGGAACUCAUCCCCAUCUCUCCAGGAGGAGUCACACCGCCCUCCAUACUGAACCACAAAAGCCGGAGACGCAUCGCCUUGUCUCCAGAUGCCAAUAACUCCAUGACGCCGAAGAGCACGCCUGUCAAAAUACUACCCUUUUCUCCAUCUCAAUUCCUCAACAUGUGGACCAAGCAGGACACUCAUGACCUGGAGAACCCGUCCCUCACUUCCACGCCGGUAUGCAGUCAGAAAGCCAUUGUUACUACGCCGCUACAGCGAGACAAGACCCCCCUCACGCAGAAGGAAAACUCUAUAUUUGUUACGCCCAACCACAAGUCCGAGCUCUGUACGACCCCACGCACUCCGACACCGUUCAAAAACGCCAUGGAGAAGUACGGUCCUCUGCAGCCUCUGCCUCAGACUCCGAAUCUUGAAGAUGACAUAAACGAGGUCAUCCUGAGAGACGCAGGGAUCGACUUGGUCGUCGUACGUUCGACGCCACCUGAGCAAAGGCGCAAAACCAUGCAUCGUCCUCCUAUGAAGAAAGUGAGGAAAUCAUUAGCCCUAGACGUCGUGGACUGCCAGGUGAUGCCAACAUCUAAACGCAAAUCUGUCAGACCUGAAGCCAAGCAUAGCAUCAAGGAAGAACCCAUCAUAGUUUCUCUCAGUUCCUCUUCGUUUUGCAGUAAGCGGCAUGAAAAUAUUUUGGAUCAAGGCUUCCUUCUGGGACCCAGCGAUAGUGCUAUAUUUUCUAGCGCAGCUCCUCCAGUUCCAAUGUCCAAAGAAUGGGAGACAGUUGUUUGUGGACAAACUAAAGACCAACUUAUAAUGACAGAGAAAGCGAGACGCUACCUUCGCUCACUAAAGUCCCACGCUCCCAACCGGGCUCUGAUUUUGUCCUGAGAUGUGUCAUCUUUACACCAACAUGUUACACACACAACUUAAUGGUGCUGUUGAUUUUUGCUGGUGUAAUUUGUGAUGAAGAAAAGGACACGUCAUGUGUGGGGGUUAGUACAGUAUUUGACCAAGUAAUUAGCGAUCAAAACAUUGACCGUAUAUGCCUCUGUCACCUAUUUCGGAGAGAAUGGUGCUUGUAGAGAUGGACUCACUCUCACAGGCUUCAGUGACAUUUCACUGAUUUAUAGUUGUUUCAAUGUGUUUGAAAAGAACAAUAAAUGUAAAAAAAAGAAAAAUCAAUGCUAGAUAUCUUUGCUGUCGCUAGAAAGACAUUGUUUUACAUUACAUGUUGUGUCUGUAAUUUAACAGUUUUUAAAGUUGUGAACUGUACAAACUCAGGUUGCACUUCUCACCUUCUCACUUAUCUUAGUAUGCGGUAAAUUCAGACAGGUUGAUCGAUAACAUGGUGAGGGAAGAUUGUCUUGUAGUAUCUGUUUAGCAUGUGUAUAGAUUUACCAUAUACAUCUCAAUACACAUUAAAAGUUAGAGAAAUUAGGAAUUUAAAAGCCAACAAAAUGAUGAUUCCCACUGAGAAGGUGUUUUAUUCUGUAGUAGUCUAGUAGCUGAGAAUUUGUGAAUGCAUAAAAUCAACACCAACUAUUGAUGGCAGGGGUAGUGUGUUGUUUGGCACUGUUUGUAAAUAUUUUGUGUUGUAUGUUUUUGCUUACAUGCAGCAUUUUGCCAUGGAAGUUAAUAAAUCUCAAUAAUAUGUCUAAUGCA